AUGGACGCGAUACUGAAUUACAGGUUGGAAGAUACUGAAGAUUACUACACGUUACUGGGAUGUGAUGAACUGUCUUCGGCUGAACAAAUCCUGGCAGAAUUUAAGGUCAGGGCCCUGGAAUGUCACCCCGACAAGCAUCCUGAAAACUCCAAAGCUGUGGAGACUUUUCAGAAACUGCAGAAGGCAAAGGAGAUUUUGACUAAUGGAGCAAGUCGAGCCCGCUAUGACCACUGGCGAAGGAGCCAGAUAUCGAUGCCAUUCCAGCAGUGGGAAGCUUUGAGUGACUCGGUGAAAACGUCAAUGCACUGGGCUGCCAGAGGUAAAAAAGAUCUGAUGUUGGAAGAAUCUGACCAGACUCAUACCAAUAAAAUUGAAAAUGAGGAACGGAAUGAGCAAAAAGAGAUAAAGAAUGAGGAGUUCGGUCCAACCACAGAGAAAAUGGAGCAAAAAGAAUCCAAAUCCAUGGAGAAGUCAUUCUCCUCACAAAAUCCAGAUUCUCCAGGUUUUUCAGAUGUGAACUGCUGGCACCUUCGUUUCCGCUGGUCUGGGGAUGCUCCUUCAGAACUCCUGAGGAAAUUCAGAAACUAUGAAAUAUGA